CUGUGUUGAAUCGUUGGCGGUUCUGAGGAGUUGUACGGAUAGAUUGAAUGGGUUCGAGUUCAGAACGGGAUGCAAAUGGCCGGUAAAGUUUGAGGACGCCCCAAGCUUAGGUUCCUUCAAAAAUUCGUGAUGGGGCCGAAAAGAUAGACGUGUGGGCCCUCUGAAAUCGCGGGGUCGGAGAUCGGGGGCGGAACCUCCGACGUGCGCCAGAGCCUAGACAAUUUCCGCGCUUGGGAGUCAUCGAUUCUCACUUACACCGCACGUCACGCGACAAAAUGAGCAAAGUCGAAGAGCUGCGGCGCAAAGUCGCAGAAGCGGAGCUGGGCCUCAAGAAUCUCAAGGAACAGCUAGCCAGCGCAGAAAAAGAGGCAGGGGAGGAGGAGCAAGCAUCAGCAUCAGCAUCAGCUCAACCCUGGAAAUGGCCCCUGCAACCCGAGGAUUAUGAGAGAUAUGGACGACAACUCAUCAUCCCUCAAGUAGGCGUCAAAGGUCAACUAAGACUGAAAAAGUCAAAGAUCCUCAUCAUCGGCGCCGGGGGUCUGGGAUGCCCCGCAGCGGCCUACAUCGCCGGAGCAGGGGCCGGUACCAUCGGCCUCGUCGACGGCGACGUCGUCGAAGUAUCCAACCUCCACCGCCAAAUCGCUCACUCAGCCGACAGAGUCGGAGUCUCAAAGGUCGAAAGCGCAAUCACAUACCUAAAGGGCCUCAACCCACAAGUAACAUAUCACGCACACAAAACACACCUAACACCAACCAACGCCGAAGAAAUCGUAUCCCAACACGACCUUGUCCUCGAUUGCACAGACCACCCGACCUCCCGCUAUCUCAUCUCCGACAUCUGCGUCCUCCUCCAGAAACCCCUCGUCUCCGCCUCGGCCUUCCGCACAGACGGCCAGCUCAUCAUCCUCAACUCGCCCGCCGCGCCGCAGGGGAGCACCACUCCGGACGGCGGCGGCGGCGGCGGACCGUGCUACCGCUGCGUGUUCCCCAAGCCGCCGCCGCCCGAUAGCGUGGUCAGCUGCGGCGAGGGCGGCAUUCUCGGACCCGUGGUCGGCGUCAUGGGCGUGCUGCAGGCUCUCGAGGCGAUUAAGCUCAUUGCCGCGGGGGCCGUCGAUCCGGAUGUGACAGACAAAAGUGUGACUGCGGCUGCACCCUCGCUACUCAUCUUUUCGGGCGCGGCGCCGUCUGGGCAAUUUAGGUCUGUCCGUAUGCGGGGCCGGAGGAAGGAUUGCUUCGCUUGCUCUGCGACGUCGACGCUGUCUCUUGAGACUUUGCGAUCGGGAUCGCUUGACUAUGUGUCGUUCUGCGGUGUUACCGCGCCGGUUAAUGUUCUCGGGCCCGAAGAGCGCAUUUCUGCGAUCGCGUACGAGCGUGUAGCCAAGGAGAAGGGUGGCCGACAUCUUCUGCUGGAUGUGCGAGAGCGCGAAAACUUUGACAUCUGUAGCAUCGACGGCGCUGUGAGUGUGCCGAUUGCACAGUUCAUGAAGGAGACGCAGCCGUCCAGCGAGGGAGUCAAGCCUCAGCCUGAGUGGCUGCCGCUGGACUUCCCAGAGGAUUCGCCCAUUUACCUUGUUUGUAGGGUCGGCAACGACUCACAGCUUGCCGCGAAGCGUCUGAAAGAUCUGGCGCUGAAUAACGAUGGCAAAAGAUUCAUCGGCGACAUUGAGGGAGGUAUGCGGGCUUGGAAGAAAGACGUGGACCCCACGCUGCCUUUUACCUGAGAUCUGAGAUGCGAGACGGGGCGGGCGACGACAGAGGAGUUUGGAUAUAAAAAAGUUGAAUUUGUUCUGACGAGGGGGGGCUGUGUCGUCAUGAUACAUACUUUUCCUACGCGAUAC